CUACGUCAUAUACUCUGAAUAAAUAAAUCAACCCACGCCAAGUGCUACAGUUUGCGUAUUAGAACAGCUGUUCAAAAGACUAAUCAAUAUAUUCUUCGCCUCUUCCAUCAGUUUCAGCUAGGUUUACGAUAAUAAAACGCCUUAAAAUGACAAACACAACGGCAUCGGAAAUCAUUCCACUUCCUCGGACUUACCUUAUCGCCCUAAUCGUGUUCAAAAGCUUUUGCCUGGUAUUUGGUGUACUCGGGAACAUUGGCGUCAUAAUCUAUAACCUCUACAUGAAAAGCGAAAAAACACAAACGGGUUAUCUGGUUGCUAACUUGGCCUGCGCAGACCUUCUGACAUGCUUGACUAUCUAUCCAACAUGGAUCGCAGAAUUUGGCAUGAUACUUUCGGGAGUGCGAAGUAAUCAGACUUUCUUUUGUAAAUUUAGUUACACGACUAGUUGCCAGUUCGUUUUUGUAUCUACGUUAACGUUAUUAGCAAUCACAGUCGAUCGCUACCUUUAUAUAUCAUCACCUCUCAAAUACUCGUUGAUCAUGACAUGGAAAAGAACCUACGCUAUUCUUCUCAGUAUUUGGAUAUGCGCCUCCCUUUGUACUCCGAUAAUAGCCGUGUACGAAGAACCCACCAAAGUACGGACUUCGUGUUCUGGUCCAAUUGUUCUCGUCUUGAUUGCUGCCAUGAUUUAUGUCUUUAUGCCCAUUUGUCUAAUCUUCUACUACAAUUUCAAGAUUUUCCUACUGGCUAGAGGACAAGUUCGAAAGAUCCGCAAAAAUCGGGUAGCUUGUAUUCAUGAUAUACCUAGUUCUUCAUUCAACUCAUCAACAUCGGCGUCAGAAAUGCAUUCUCGUCACAGAAUAACAAGAGAAAUGAAGGCUAUAAAAACGUUUGCAAUUGUACUUGGCGUUUUCUUAUUUUGCCUCGCUCCGUACACGUCUGUCUUGUUGGUACAAAGUCUAGUUUGUAACUGCGUUCCUACCGUUGUCAUCAUUUUGUUUGGCGAUCUGGCAGGUGUGAACUCCAUUAUGAAUCCAAUCAUUUACAGCAUGAGACAAAAGGAAUAUAAGAAUUGUUAUCUCCGACUGAUUUCUGUCAUUCGCAGUCGACUGAUCUAAGUUAUUAGAGGCCAUUACCCGUUAGGUAACAAAGUCGGCUAAUCAUGCAGAAAAGGAAUUGCCUAUU